AUUUAACAGUUAUGUUUGGUAGAAUUAAUCACAUUAGCAGACCCUGUUUCAUGGACUUGCAUGCAUUUCAUGGAUUUUGAUGGUUCUGUAUCAGAAAUCUGAUCAUUAACAAAGAACUAUAUACACCGACCAGGCAUAACAUUAUGACCACCUGCCUAAUAUUGUGUUGGUCCCCGUAUUGCUGCUAAAACAGCCCUGAUCCAUCGAGGCAUGGACUCCACUAGAUCUCUGAAGGUGUGCUGUUGUAUCUGGCACCAAGAUGUUAGCAGCAAAUCCAUUAGGUCCUGUAUGGAGGCCCCACCUCACAACUUACAGGACUUAAAGGAUACUUUUAAUAGAUACUGACCACUGCAGACCGGGAACACCCCACAAGAGCUGCAGUUUUGGAGAUGCUCUGAUCCAGUGGUCUAGCCAUCACAAUUUGGCCCUUGUCAAACUCGCUCAAAUCCUUCCGCUUGCCCAUUUUUCCUGCUUCUAACACGUCAACUUUGAGGGCAAAAUGUUCACUUGCUGCCUAAUAUAUCUCACCCACUAACAGGAGCCAUGAUGAGGAGAUCAUCAGUCUUAUUCACUUCACCUGUCAGUGCUCAUAAUGUUGUGAAUAUGUGUGUGUGUGUGUGUGUGUGUAAAACAAGUAGGCAGCUUUGCUGAAGUAAGAAUUGAAGGCCUACAGAGGCCCACAUGAUGAUCAAGAAAAGCUGGUUUUACAAAGUUUAUUUAAGGAGAAGUCAGCCUGUGGCAUGGACCUAUGCGCUACAAAGACGUCGUCUUGUCAAUCCGGUACCUGAGAGUGUUUACAGUGAAAACAAACAACAACAAUGUAGGACACAGAAGAAGAAAUGGGACUUUCCUUCGAUCCCUGCUUUCUGUAAUUAACAUUUAAAACUGAUACCAAACAUCUAUUUAAUUGUAUAUUUAUAUGUAUAUUUUUUAACAGGUUAUAGCAGUUAGAUUAACCGUAGUCUUAUUGCUAGUAGUUGAAUUUGCAUAUCCAGACCGUAUACUAGCCUACUAAAUAGUAUGGUAAAACAGUAAUCCUGCUACUUUUUGGAGAGGUAUUAAGUAUGGAACAGUAGCACACUAGUGAGGAAGUAUGCGUUAGCGGACGUAGCCACGCCCACCUUAUGUUUAUGCAAAAUAUUUCACCAGGAAUGUCCAAUGAGAAAGCGGUAUUAUAAUUUCUGGCUACAGGUGUUUGCGAAGAAUCAGGGAAGCGCGAGGAAGUUUUUCAGAAGCUACUUUGGCAUCGGGGAUCGCGAUAAGAAAGAGGGGGAAAACAGAGAAAAUGGCGAUUAUAUCUUCUGUAGUAAAAUGAGAUAGUAACACUGUGCCAUCGGGGGUUGAUGAUCGGUCCGUUUUUUCCCCCUGCACGAGACAGGUGUUGAUAUCAAACAAACACGCGCGGCCCGGGUGGGAGAAAAUGCAAUGCUCGGUAGCUCGCGCACGCAUCUGUAGAACGACAUGUCCCAAUUAACGCGAGAAAACAGACUGGCAAUAGGUGUAUAAGUAUAUUUUGUGAAGUUAUUAGAUUGCGAUUGUUAGAGGUUUAUGAAGUGGCUGAAGUGAUGGAGACCGACUCGGUGAGGUUGGAGUCGAGUGUGUGGCUCGGUAAUAAGCGGCACCGCGCGCUGCUCAGCGGAUGGCGCUUCAGCUGGACCGAGCUGGACAAGAAGAACCGAGACAAAACCACCAUUUCAGUGCCCAUUUCUGAGGUGCUUGCAGUAGAGGAGGGUCAGGUGGAGAUCCAGCCACAGAAGAAAGUGAAUGAUACUGACCGAGACUUCACCUUGUUCUAUGUAAAGCGCAGUAACGCCAGUGGUGGGAAAGGGCCACUGUGGAGCCUGGGCAGGUCCCAGUUCUCUUGCCCAAGCCGUGACCUCAGGGAUCAGUGGGUGACACAACUCCGGAUUGCAUUUAAAACCCACUGUCCCUCUCGCCCACACAGGUUGUUGGUGUUCAUCAACCCCUACGGAGGGAAGAAAAAAGCGAAGCAGAUCUAUCACUCCUCGGUGGCGCCUCUAUUUGAGCUGGCUGGCAUCAGCUCUCAUGUUGUGGUGACCGAACGAGCCAAUCAGGCGAGAGAUCAUAUCCUGAAGAAAGAUCUGACUGGAUUUGACGGUGUGAUUUGUGUUGGUGGAGAUGGGAUGUUCAGCGAGCUGUUGCAUGGCGUGAUUGGACGAACCCAGCAGGAGGCGGGGGUUUCGGAACAUGACCCGUCUGUGAUGCUGCAGCCAUGUGACCUCCACAUCGGCAUCAUUCCAGCAGGCUCUACAGAUUGUGUGUGUUUUGCCACAGUAGGUGUGAAUGACCCGGUUACAUCAGCAUUGCACAUCAUUAUUGGAGACUCUCAGCCUCUGGACGUGUGUUCUGUCCAUCAUCAUUCCACGCUGGUGCGGUACUCUGUCUCACUGGUGGGCUACGGUUUCUAUGGUGACGUAUUGGCUGAAAGUGAGAGGCACCGCUGGAUGGGACCUCUCAGAUACGACUACUCGGGUUGUUUAGUGUACCUGUGCAACAGGAGCUAUCAGGGAAUAGUGCAGUAUCUACCUGCGGACUCCCAAAUCACCAGCCCCAGAGACAACAGUCGCUGCCUCUCAGGGUGCAAAGUAUGCUCAGAGAGCACCGAGAGACUGUUCCCUCGCUCGGAGAGCUGCAGCUCUUUGUACAGCAGGCAACUCAGUCAGUACAGCAUUGAGUCAGAGGGUGAGUGGUUAAGUGUUGAGGGCAGAUUCAGGUGUGUGUCCCUCACCUGCAUGUCCAGCUCAUGCCCACGGAGCCCCAAAGGUCUCUCUCCCUCUGCACACCUGGCUGAUGGGACAGGGGACCUCAUCCUGGUCAGGAACACUCAUCCCCUGGGUUUCCUCACAUACCUGCACAGGCACACCACCACACAGGAUCAGUUUGACCUGCCCUUCGUCGAGGUGCACCGUGUCAAGGCAGUGCGCUUCUCCUUUUCUCCUGGUGAGGAGGAGGACAAUGAAGAAAGCCAAAACAUCACAGCAGGUUCACUCGGGGAUCCCGAGAUGGCACGUGAAGGCGACAUUGAGUCCGGCAGGCUGGGCUCCCAGCAAUACCUCACAGGUAAUCAGAGGGAUCAGGGAAUGAAGGAGGAAGGAAGGAAGAAGAGAGAUUAUCUGUGUGGGCUGUGCUCCAGUAAGCAGUCUGCUGCGUCUGUGUGGAACUGUGAUGGAGAGAUUCUGCCAUAUAAUGAAAUCUUAUGCAGAGUACACGGUCAGCUGGUACGUUUGUUUGCAAGGGGCAUUGAGGAGGACGCAGGCUUCCGGAAAUACCGUGAGGGAAACAGGAAUUGCAAAGGGAGAUGUUUUUUACACAAUUAAUAUUAACCACAGAAACGCUCUGACUAAGAAUAAAUAAUGAAUUUCUUAUUUAAGUUUUAAAAAAAUAUAUUAGAGAUUAUUGCAAUAAACAAACACA